AUGUACGGCCGAGCGGGGGCAGGAGUGUGGUCCAAUCGACCUUCCGUUGAGAAGGCCCUUGGACUGGACCCACACACCACCCCGCUUCAAACAGAAUUAGCUGCCUUCAAAGCCUGCGCCAGAAUCAUACUGGCCAGGGAGGACAAGGACAAGGUAAUACACAUCUACUCGGAUAACAGGCGGGCACUAGGGGCCCUACUUAAGCACGAGAGUGGCUCCACGCUGGUAAACGACUGCACAGAGUUGAUGAAUGAAGUUGCAACAUGCAACAAAUUAAAGGUGUACUGGAUACCAGGUCACGCCGGCAUACUUGGCAAUGAAAAAGCCGAUAUGCUGGCCAAACAGGGAUUCCGGGCAAUGGCGCCGGUGUAUGAAGACCACGUUGGCGUUCAUUCCGACUAUAUAAAGGAAAUAAUCCAAGAACGUGUGGACAGGGGAGAGGUGGAGAGAUGGAGCUCAGGGAUGGGCGCCAGACACACCAGAUCCCUUCUCUGGGAACCCUCCAGGAAACUGGCUGACGAACUCGUGUCCCUGAGCAGGGUAAAGCUGCGCGCCCUACUAGGGCUUAUCACAGGAUACUGGCCGUUAGCUGCCUACCUGGCGAGCAUCGGCAAGGGAGAUGAUCCUCUUUGCCCGAGAUGCGGUUUGGUGGAGGAGGACCCCCACCAUCUCAGUACAAAAUCCAGUGGCUUUGAUGAGCUCCGUUUGGACAUCUUUGAGACCACUUGCCUUAAAGACCUUUACGUCGACAGGGACGGCUUCAAGGGACUCUACCAAUUCGCACGUGGGGCACAGAUGCUGACACCUCUCGACUAG